UAUAACCUCGUCGAUCUCUCCACCUAUCCCCACCACCACUCCACGCAAACCCAAUCACAUCGCCGCCAUCGUCGAGCUUGUUCUAACCUUCUAAGCUAUUAGCAAUGGCGUCUUCGUCGUCAUCGUCGCCGUCGAGGCCGUUGCUCAGGCGGGUGCUCUCGUUCAGGGAGCCGCUGCUGCUGAUCCCUUACAUCGUCGGAUUCCUCGCCGCCGCCUCGUCGGGAUUCUUCUACAGCUACUCCUCCUUCCUCCACUCGUUCGCCCGGUCGCUCGUCCCGGCGGCCGCGGCCGGCGCCGUGGUCAAGUGCGCGUACUUGUCGGCGGCGGCGGAUUCCGACGAGCCAUGCUCCUCCUGCGGCGGCGAGGAUGAAGACGUCGUUGCCGCCGUCGAGGAGGAGGAGGCUCACCUGAGCAAGGUGGAGGUGGAGGAGAUCAUGGAGCGGAUAGGGCUGGGCGUGGGCGGCCAUGGCGAGGGGCUGAAGGCGAGGAUGGGGCGCGACGAGGUGUCGAGGCUGUUCGACGCCGACGAGCCCAGCUUCGCCGAGGUGCGCCGCGCCUUCGCCGUGUUCGACGGCAACGCCGACGGGUUCAUCGACGCCGACGACCUGCGGGCCGCGCUCGCCAGGCUGGGGUUCCGGGAGGACGCCGCCGCGUGCCGCGCCAUGAUCGCGGCGAGCUGCGGCAGCGUCGACGCCAGGAUGAACUUGUUCCAGUUCGUCAAGUUCCUCGAGACCGGCCUCUGCUAAUCAAGGCUGAUUAAUUAAUUUUUUUUCAAUUUUUUUUUCCGUUUUGGGUUCGUUGCACGGUGCACGGCUCAGCUCGUGGCAGAAGAUGAGAGAGCUAGUGGUGUGUGUUGCAAAUUUUCCUCUUUUUUUUUCUUUUUCCUUCUGCGAGGCAUGAGUUGGUGCUUUGUGCAACAAUUAACGGACUAAUCUGUCAAUUAAUUGAUCAUACAAACUUCUCUAAUCUCAACUGUACUGUUAAUUGCAAAUUGUACAUGGAUGCAUGGAGAAUUGGAGAUAGAUGUUUCUAGCUUCUA